ACUAAUACAUAGUAUUAUUAUUUUUGGUUCAUUGAUUAAAAAGAAUUCCAUAAACUAGAUUAAUUGGGAAAAUGUUUGGGGGUGUUUGUAGGCAUUCUGCCACAUCCUUGGUGCCGGAUACCGCAGCAGCAUACAUAUUCUACUCGCUAUCCCUAUUACCAGACGGAGUUAACACUACACUCUACUCAGUUCUUGCAAUAUUAUUUCUGGCGAUUGGCCACGCAUCCGCCUUGGCACUUGGUAUUUUCAUCCGGAGACGCGCCAAGUCGACAUCUCAUCCAUUAGACCCUCAUAUAAGGACACCCACAAAAAUUUACUUCAUAUGGAUAUAUGGCUUUUGUGGGAGGUAUGACAAUUGCAGUCCUAAUGGGGUUGAAAUUGGCGAAGCAUAACGGCAGAUCAUUCAUGGAGGCAGCAUUUGUUGCUUGCUUUAUUCACUUGGCCAGUGUUCUCAUUCUACUCCUUGUCUUGGCAUUUUUAAGCUGUCAACACAACCCCGCGACACAUUACGCGCGUAAUAACAAGUUGCUUCUAAC